AUGAUUUUCAAGAACAAAUUGCAAGGCCUGCAGUCUAAAUCAGGGAAAUUGAAACCUACAGAGGUUCUGUCUGAUCUUCUGGAGAAAGAUCGAGAAAAAACUCUAAUAGUACUUGUAGAUAACGACAAGUCAAGUGAAAAUAUAAAUGAUGAGAAGAAUUUUUAUAGAAGUAAUGAACUAGACCCAAUUUCUGACGCGAAUGCCUUAGAUAAUAUUAAUAACGAUUUAGUGAAAGCGAACUAUCAAACCGUUCUAUAUGAUAUCUUGAGAUCUGACAGACGCCCUAACAAUGAAGAGGAGAGAGAAGCUCAAGAGAUAUUGAUAGAACAAGCUCUCAGAUCCAGGUGUCAACAGAAAGUGCAAUGCGAAGAAAAAUGCUCUAGAUCCCAAGAAAGGAAACCUAAGAAAGAAAGGAAUUACAAUAACAACAACAAAUACAGGAAUGACAAUAACAACAACAACAGGAAUGACAAUAACAACAACAGGGAUGACAGCAACUCCAAUAGUAACAACAGACUAAACAGAAACUACAGGAGCAACAGUAGGAGUAAUAGCAACUACAAUAAAAACAACAGGAACGACUAUUACAACAACAAGAACGACAAUUACAACAACAGGAACGACUAUUACAACAACAAGAACGACUAUUACAACAACAGGAACGACAAUUACAACAACAAGAACGACUAUUACAACAACAAGAACGACUAUUACAACAACAGGAACGACAAUUACAACAGGGAUGACAAUAAUUACAAUAACAACAACAGAGAUAACAGUUAUUCUAAUAGUAACAACAGACUAAACAGUAACUACAGGAGCAACAGUAGGAGUAAUAGCAACUACAAUUACAACAACAAGAACGACAAUUACAACAACAAGAACGACUAUUACAACAACAAGAACGACAAUUACAACAACAGGAACGACAAUUACAACAACAGGAACGACAAUUACAACAACAGGAACGACAAUUACAACAACAAGAACGACAAUUACAACAACAAGAACGACUAUUACAACAACAGGAACGACUAUUACAACAGGGAUGACAAUAAUUACAAUAACAACAACAAAGAUAACAGUUAUUCUAAUAGUAACAACAGACUAAACAGUAACUACAGGAGCAACAGUAGGAGUAAUAGCAACUACAAUUACAACAACAAGAACGACAAUUACAACAACAAGAACGACUAUUACAACAACAGGAACGACAAUUACAACAACAAGAACGACUAUUACAACAACAGGAACGACAAUUACAACAACAAGAACGACAAUUACAACAACAGGAACGACUAUUACAACAACAAGAACGACUAUUACAACAACAGGAACGACAAUUACAACAGGGAUGACAAUAAUUACAAUAACAACAACAGAGAUAACAGUUAUUCUAAUAGUAACAACAGACUAAACAGUAACUACAGGAGCAACAGUAGGAGUAAUAGCAACUACAAUUACAACAACAAGAACGACAAUUACAACAACAGGAACGACAAUUACAACAACAGAAACGACAAUUACAACAACAAGAACGACAAUUACAACAACAAGAACGACUAUUACAACAACAAGAACGACUAUUACAACAACAGGAACGACAAUUACAACAACAGGAACGACAAUAAUUACAAUAACAACAACAGAGAUAACAGUAAUUCUAAUAGUAACAACAGGGCAGUCAGUAACUACAAUAACAACAACAAUGACUACAAUAAUAGAGGUGACAGCAACAACGAUAAUAACAACAGGAGUGACAGUGACUACAACAGCAACAGCAACUCCAAUAGAAACAACAGGAAUGACAAUAACUACAACAACAACAAUUACUACAAUAGAGGAAAUAACAACUACUAAAGACCGGAUUAUAUGCAUCAUAAAAUGUGUCAA